AUUUGGCGGCACUCUUGGGCCCACCUGGAAGAGAGAGAGUGUGUGCCGAAGCGGACCGUUUGUGGAAGGCGGCGCCUCCGCCGAACACGUCAGUUAGCCGGUUGGGCUUUGCCUCUCGCUCUCUCUGUCUAUCGCCCUCGCCCUUUUCCACUUUUUCUCGCUUUAUUUCUUUCUCCUCUUCUCCUCGCCGGGGAUCGGAAGCGGAUCGCCGGAUCGGAGUUGGUACUCGGGUGGUAGAAGCGGAGCGGAGAGAAGCAGAUAAGAGGAUCGGAGGAGGAUGGACUUCUACCAGGAGCUUCUACUCACCGGCCUCAUCUCCGUCCUCAUCGCCUUCCUCAUCGGCAAGAUCGCCUCCGUCGCCGCAGACGACGGCGAUGGCGACUCCGCCCUCGCCUCAUCCGCCGGUCCUUCUGCACACGGAGCCAGUGCGCAUCCGAUUGCGGGGGAGGAAAUAGCGCGCAACUCGCCUCCUGCCCCGUCCUUCGAUGUCGAACCACAACAGCUGGAUCUAGAGAAAGAGGAGAUCGCGGAGGAGGCCCCCCAAAAGGGGGAUUUCAUCGAGCAGAAAGAAGGGUUUGUCCGGGAUGAGGAAGCUGAAGAGGACGUUGUGGAAUUGGGUGGAGCAAAUGCUGUAGAAAACGAAGAUGUGAGCGCAGUGGAAGAGAAAGAGGGCCUUUUGUUGGAUGGGGAGGACGAUUGGGAAGGGAUUGAGCGGAGUGAGCUGGAGAAAUUGUUCGGGGUCGCAGCGGAAUUCGUUUCUAGUGAGAAAGGUGGAGAUGCAGUGUCGAAACUGAGCGAUGAAGCACAACUUCUGUUGUAUGGGCUGCACAAGGUUGCCACUGAGGGGCCUUGCUAUGAGCCAAAACCCAUGACCUUGAUGGUUUCUGCUCGAUCAAAAUGGUAUGCUUGGCAAAGGCUUGGGAACAUGAAUCCAGAGGCUGCAAUGGAAGAAUAUAUUGGUCUUCUCAAUAACAGUAUUCCGGGAUGGAUGGUACAAGAACCUGUAGAACAAGCCAAAGGAAAUGGUGGCAAAGACCCGCAAGCAGUAGAAAUCACUCAAAUAGACCAACAAGGUAGAAAUCACUCAAAUAGACCAACAAGGUUAGUGGGAGAUUCUUGACCAGUGUAAGAGACAACUGAUUCUGUAGCUGCUGGUCCCAAACUUUUCAAAGAAGGACUGACAAAGGCGUUCCUUUUCAACCUGCUCUCGCCAACAAGAGAGGCAUUCUGAAGUCACUUCUGGUAGAUCAUUUGGAGUUUGGAUUUCUCUACUACAUGUGCGUUUGUGUUCUAAUCCUGCAGUGUUUCAGUUCCCAUUAUUUAUGAUGGAGAAGUCUAAUCUCAUGCUGGUGCUUUGUGGUAGGCAAAACAAUGUUCAUGCCAUUUGUGUCUAAUUUCUCUCAGAUUUAAAAUGGAAUAGAGUGUAAAUAUUUGUCGAGUUUGUUUCCUGUAUUAAUUUGCUUCGUGAGUUUAUCGUUAUCUCAAGAUCAUGUUUAAAAUUGCACUUGCCUAUCAUAAAGAGUUUAUACCCUGUUUA